UCCUCACUUAUCACCACAAGGCAUGUGCUUGUGUCAGCGCUAACCACUUUGUUUGGUUUAGGGCAAUAAAGAGGGGCAUGUAUGCUAAGCCAACCUGCGCAGCAUGUAAUUAAGUGUAAGAGGGGCCUUAUGCAUGCCUCCUUUUCACUUUUGAAGUGUGGGGCAUUUCUUCAAACAGCCAUGUGCGCAUGUGAUUGGUUGUCAAAGGAUGCUCUGGGAUAUAAAUGGCAUCCUUGAAGGAGAUGGACUAGGUUAGCUACCAACGUCGAGAAAUCUUCAGUUUUUCCCUCCAACACACGACAGGCUUUCAGAAUGAACCUGGUGCUGAUCGCGUGCCUGCUGGCCGCUGCCAGCGCUGCUCCUGCUCCAGCGAGUGAAAGUAAUGAGCAGGUAGCGGCUCAUGCUAAUGAAGCCCUGCGCUGGAUGGAGAUGUACAGGAUGUACCAGCAGCAGGGGCUGGUGAACCCCUUCCUCCCAGCAGAUGCACCUGCUGAUCCAGCUGCCAGAGCACCUCUGGUCCAGGUAGAUGCAGCCCCCGCCCCAGCGGCAGCAGCAGCCCCUGCAGAGGAAGUGUCUGAGGAAGAGACAGAGGAGGGGGCUGCCCCCAAAGCUGCAGCUGCUGCUGGUGGUGCCCCUGUGAAUUCCGAUGAACAGGAAGAGGUGGAGGAGGCUGAGGCUGCUGAGGCCGCUGACCCUGCCGCCGCUGACCCUGCCCCUGCUGACCCCGCACCUGCUGACCCCGCACCUGCAGACCCCGCACCUGCAGACCCCGCACCUGCAGACCCCAUCCCAGCUGACCCAGUCCCACUGGAGCCGGUGGUGGUGGACGCCCCGGUGGAGGUGGUCCCGGUGGACACCGGAGCUGUGGAUUUGGCUCCUGUAGAUGUGGCUCCUGUAGAUGUGGCUCCUGUAGAUGUGGCUCCUGUGGAUGUGGCUCCCGUGGACGUGGCCCCUGCAGUGGACGCUCCCGUUGCAGCUGAUGCAGAUCCUGGUGUGGUUGCUAUUGCAUAAGUUUGUGUUGUUUUGUGUUGCCUGUCACUGGAUACAUGCUAUUUAAAUACAUAUAAAGGUGCUGCAUGUUAAGCAGGCAAUGAUUAGAAAGUGUAUGAGAAAAAAUAUUAGGCUGUUUGUAUUUUUGUAAAGAAAGUUUGC